ACGGGAAGGAGUGGAGCUGCUCGCCUCAUCGCCCCAGCACACCUCUAAAGUUUAUAAUCAGCCCCGGAGGAUCCAGUUCAAGGCAAACGGGAUCCCUUGAAGAUGAAGACCUGCUUCCUUGUCCUUCUCUGCGUGUUGCUCUUCUGCACAAACGAAGUUCACCCGCUGGUGUGCUUCACGUGCGAACAAUCGUCCAGCAACUGGUCUUGCCUGAAGCCCACCAAGUGCUCAGAGAACGACAAGCACUGCUUGACCACGGUUGCCUCCUUCAAGAUUGGCUUCUUGACCAUGCAAAAGAGAAUCACCAAGAGGUGUUCACCAAGCUGUCCGAAUCUGAACAUGGAUAUGGGAAUUGGUUCCUUCGGGACGUCCUGUUGCCAAAGUUCCUUCUGCAACCUUUUCGGACACGUGGCAGCUAAAAACGGGACCCGGUGACGGGCUCUGUGUUCGGAUCUGUGUUCAUAUGCGACCCCUUCCCGAUGGUCGUUUGAGAAGCCAACUUAGCUACCAGGUCUCAAGGCCAGACCUGCCAUUUUCACCCUUUAAACAUCCUGGCCUCCUAAGGGGUGCAGUGAUAAAAUUCUAUCAUAUCUGAUGAUGUUCCCCAAGAAACCCAAAGCUUUUCUUUUAGGGAUUAUAGAAACAGAUAUACAGUGGUACCUUGGUUCUCAAACUUAAUCCGUUCCGGAAGUCCGUUCCAAAACCAAAGCGUUCUGAAACCAAGCUGCGCUUUCCCAUAGAAAGUAAUGCAAAACGAAUUAAUCCGUUCCAGACUUUUAAAAACAACCCCUAAAACAGCAAUUUAACAUGAAUUAUACUAUCUAGCGAGGUCAUUGAUCCAUGGAAUGAAAGCAAUAAUCAAUGUAGUGUACUAUAACAUGAUAAAAAUGUAGAUGAUAAAAAUAAAAAUUCAAUUUUUUUCUUACCUGCACUGAUGAUAGUCAUUGUUUGGAUGGGGGGCUUUUAUCCAUUUCCAUGGUCACACAAUCAAUCAAUCAAUCAGUCAACCAACCAAUCAGUAGCUGAACUGGGUUCCACACAGUCACAAAAACAAAUUAGCUGAAAAAGCCUCAAAAGCAAAAAUGCAAAAUAAAUAGCAAAAACAAAAGUGCCAAAAUUUAAUCCGUUCCGGAAGUCCGUUUGACUUCCGAAAUGUUCGAAAACCAAGGUUUCUGAUUGAUGCAUGUGCCCCAGAAACAAUAGCCGACAGCAAUAUUGGAUGUUUGGCUUCCCAAAAACGUUUGAAAACCGGAACACUUGCUUCCGGGUUUUAGGAGUUUGAGAACCAAGGUACCACUGUACCAAAAAAGUUGGUUGAUUUAUUUAUGUCUGCAACAACAAGAGCAAGGAUAAUGUAUCCUCAAAAAUGGAAAGAACCUCACUUGUAAUGUAACAAAUACAGUACUAUGGACAAUAUGGAUAGAUAUAAAACAUAGACUAUGAAAUAUAAUAUGCAGUAGGAAAUGUUGACAAUAGGACCCAUGGAGGGGAUGGGGGGAAGUCUUGAGAUUCAGAGAAAUUUCAUUUUAUGGAUAUGGAUUUGGUAUUGUUAUAAAUUUACAUUUGUAAAAUCAAAUAAAAAUGAUUCCAAAAAAG